AGCGUGGACGAGGAGCAUCCCGGAGCCCAGUUUUAACAUGACAAGCACCCUUGUGGUCUGAGAAGAUGCCACUGCCUGGAGACCAUGUCUUUAACCCCCCAGCCUGGCACUGAGCCAUCUGCAGCCCAGCAGGAGGUGACCUUGGCUCCCAGCCUGACUCAACUGAGCCUGGAUCCUGUGUAUCAGCCAGAGCUGACCCUGAGCCCCUGGCUAACUAAGCUGACCCUGGGUUCCUCAAGCCAUCCAGAGAUGACUCUCAGUCUUGGCUCAACUGAACUGACCCUGGAUCCCGCACAUCAGCCAAAGGAGAUCCCAGCCCCAAACCUGGCUGAGCUGACCCUGGAGCCUGUGCACUGCCGACCUGAGCUCUUGGAUGCCUGUGCCGACCUGAUCAAUGAGCAGUGGCCGCGCAGCCGUGCCUCCCGCCUGCACUCUUUGGGCCAGUCCUCAGACUCCUUCCCCCUCUGCCUGAUGCUUCUGGGCCCUGGUCCCACACCCAAGGCAGCACCCAUUGUAGUGGGUCAUGCCCGCCUGUCACGGGUGCUGGACAGGCCCCAGAGCCUCCUAGUAGAGACAGUGGUGGUGGCUCGGGCCCUAAGGGGCCGUGGCUUUGGCCGCAGGCUCAUGGAGGGCCUGGAGGUCUUUGCUCGGUCCCGGGGCUUCCACCGGCUACACCUCACCACCCAUGACCAACUGCACUUCUACACCCAUCUGGGAUACCAGCUGGGUGAGCCUGUGCAGGGCCUGGUCUUUACCAGCCAACGACUGCCUGCCACCCUGCUCAGUGCCUUCCCCAGUAUCCCCUCCCCCCGGCCACGCUGCAAGACCCCUACUUCUAGGCUGUCUGUCCACGAUGCCCUAAAAAUCCCGAAGGGGCCAUCAUUGCCACCGCCCCCUCCCCUUCCUAGGCCCAAGACCACCGUACCCCCAUCCCCAGCAGGACCUCUUCCACAAAGCCUGCUGAAAUCACAGUACCAAAACCUGAGAGGAUGUCCCAUAUUCUGGAUGGAGAAGGACAUCUGAGAGCCACCCAGGGAAAGGCACUGUAUUUCUGGGUCAGUGGACUGCCCAGGACAUUACCAGCCUCAGCCCCCUAGUCCCUGGAGUCAGCUUUAGCUUGGGCAUGCUUCCUGAAUGCCAGUGGGGUCAAGAGAUGACUCCAUGGCUCUGGCUCAGAGCAGUCAGUGUGGCUGAAUAAAGGCUUCUUUUGGGUGUGGCUGUGACAGUUUAUUUGUUGGCUCCCACCCUUACCUCCCUGAUUAGGUUCCCUAUCCCUAUAGGAGCCCCCAGAUCUACUCUGGACCCAGAAUCAUGGAUAGAGGGCAUUUGCCCUUUGCCCAUCCCACUCUACCAGGCUCAGGGGACAAGGUGUCUGUUCCUUUCCACAUUCACUCACUCAUUGAGUGAAUUGAAUACUUGCUGUCAUGCCCCAGACUGAGCACAGGCAAUGGGGAGAUAGACAGGGUCUCAAUUCAAGGGGACAGAUAGACAGGGAGAGAGGCAGAGAGUAGUGGGAUCCAUGCUGGGACAGUGGGAGUCCAGGUGCCGUCACUCCACCUGUAGAUCUAGGAUACCUCCCAGGAGAGGUGCUGUCACAGCAGAGACCUCAGUGCAGCAUAAGAAUUAAGCCAGGAAAGGUAGUAGGCUGAGUGUUCUUGGCAGGAUACAAGGUGGGCAGAGAAAGAAGGAAAUUGGUGAGCGCUGUGGAUGGGGGGAGUAUCAGAGGGCGCAGUGGUGAUAUGACAGAGAUGACUGGUACAGGAGCGGAGCUGCCCAGGCCAGCCUGAAGUAGGCUGCUUUGAGAGCCUAUAGGUCUUCUGGGGGACCAUGCUUUCCCCACUCCCUGUGUUUGUGGGAAGGAUCAGGGGGAGUUUACCCAGGUUUUCUGCUGUAUGGAACAUGUGGCCCUGGCCAUGGCCUCUAAACUCACACCCACCUUUCUC